UUAGGGGAAUGUAAUGGUUAUUCACGAAUAAUUUGGGCUUUCUUUUCUUUCGAAUGUUUUGAUUAUUUCUCUCACCACUUAGAUGGAAGAGAGCCUCAUUGGAGAAGAUGAUUUCCUUAAUUAUUUUUUAUUAGUUUAAAUUGAUUAAUUUGUAAGCGUUUCUUACGUAUAUCUUUCUAUGAUGAAGUUGAAAACAUUAAUGAAUACGAUGAAAUUAAAUUAUAGACAUAUUAUAAUUGGCCGAAUACUUUUCCUUAUUUGGAAUGACCAAAAAAAUUAAAAUGAUAUUGCCAAAUACCGGUGUCAUAUUUGACGGAUUGUUCUUUAAAAUUUCUUUUGAAAUUAAUUUAUAAUGUCUUCAAAAUUUUUGGAAAAUUAGAUUUUUCUAAUGUUUUUUUAUUAUUUGACAUAAUUUAAACGAUUAUUUUAUGAAAUACUCGUAUAACUAUCAUUUUGAAUAGUAAUUUUGUCAAAAUUGUUCUAACUAUGAAGAUAAGAUAUGUAUAAGUAACAAGAAAAAAAAUGUUAACUUCGGUUGCAUCGAAUACCUUUUACAAAUACGAAAGAUGCCUUUUAUACAAGCACUUGCGAUCCUUAGUUUGUAUAGCAGCUAUCCGCUACAGUAUCGGCCAUUCCGAUAUAUGAUAUAUAUAUUUGUAUAUGAUAUGAGUUUGUAUAUAUAUAGAGACUGAGGGACGGAACGAUAGAGAGACAGACGGACACGGCUAAAUCGACUCAAUUCAUAAACUGAUCAUAUAAAAACUUUAUAAGGUCUGUGAUGUUUCCUUUUGUGUGCUACAAACAGCGUGGAAAACUUAAUAUACCCUGUUAAAAUGCUAUUAAUCUUAUUAACAUUUCAAUUUAAGAAGUAAAAGAAAGUAUAAAAUCGAAGAUAGGUAUUAGGUGUUCAGCAAACCUUGACAUGGUGUCAAUAGAUAAUAGCAUAAAACGUAACUUUUUUGACUUUGCAACCUUCAAACACAGCCCGGGUUCAUUAUGAGAAUCUGCAUUGCUCUAGAAAUUAUAAGCCUGAUAAGCAACAAAGACAAACCUUUAACCAUUGGCAAAAAAAAUUUUUGAAAUCUCAUUAAGAAUAACAUAUUUCAUAGAUACAGUGCAAUCGCGAUUGAGGGAACACGCGAUUGAGGGAACACCUCGGUAGAGGGAACACGUAAUUUUUUUCAUUGACUACUCUGUAGAGGGAACUUUUCAGUUUCAUUAGUACUCAGUUGAGGGAACUGGACCAAAAACAACUAAACAAAAACAAAAAAUAAAUAACAGUGCAUAUGUUUUGUACCGUUUUUUUGCUUUUUUCUAUGCAAUAAAAGCAUGCGGUCGUGUAUUGUUUGUGUUUAAAUGCGUAUACCAAAUCAGUUGGUUUGAAAUUUUUGACACGUGCGCUUCCAAAAUGGCAAAGAAAACGAAGUUGUUUUUAACUUUUAACACAAAAACCGAAAUUUUGGAGAAAAUUUCAAAAGGGACGGGAUGUUCGCAAUUAGCAAAAGAAUAUAAAGUCGCUAAGUCCACAAUAACCCGAAUAAAAAACAAUAAGUCAAAGAUUUUGAAAGCAGCAUCCAAAAUGCACCGCAAAAGAAAGUCCUUUAAGGCUGGAGAAUAUCCACGAAUGGAAAAAAAGCUGUAUGAUUGGUUUAUUAAACAAAGAAGUAAGCAUGUGCCAAUAGGCGGUUCCUCUAUUAGAGUAAAGGCGAAGCAAUUGUUCGAAGAAAUGUACGGAUCAAGCAACAGAUUCAAUGCAAGUUGCGGUUGGCUCAAUGGAUUUAAAAAAAUAUUUGGAAUUCGUCUGUUAAAAGUCUGUGGUGAAAAAUUAUCAUCAAAUCCCGAUGGAGUCCCAGAGUUCAAAAAUAGACUUAAAAAACUAAAGGCUGAGCUUAGUUUAUGCGACGACCAAAUUUACAAUGCGGAUGAAUCCGGCUUGUUCUGGAAAACCUUACCCGAUAAAACUUACGUAAGUUCUUCUGAAAAAACUGCUCCUGGCAGAAAAAUUGAAAAAGCUCGAGUGACAUUUUUGGCAUGCACAAACGCAAGUGGAGUGCACAAGUUAAAACCGUUGGUAAUUGGCAAGGCAAAAAAACCGCGAUCAUUUAAAAAUUUUGAGCUACCGGUCGAGUAUAAAAACUCUAAAAACGCUUGGAUGACUGCAUCAAUUUUCAAAGAAUGGUUUCAUCAUGCUUUUGUGCCACAGGUUACACGUUUCUUGCAAAAACAAGGGCUGCCAUUAAAAGCAGUUUUGAUUUUAGACAAUGCUCCUUGUCACCCUGGAGUAGAAGACUUAAAGUCAGAUUGUGGAUCAAUUUUUACUAUCUUCAUGCCACCAAACGUCACGCCAUUGAUCCAACCGAUGGACCAAAAUGUAAUUAGAUUGACAAAGUUACAUUACAAGACAAAUUUAUUGAGAUCAGCGUUUGGAAAAGCGAACACAGAUGAAUAUUUAAAGAAUUUAAAUUUAAAAGACGCUGUUUGUAUGUUGGCACAUGCAUGGGAACAAUUAAGCCCUGUCGUCGUGGAAAAAUGCUGGCAUCCGCUUUUAAAAGAUGAUGUUUUUAAUGAAGAAGGAGCAAACUGUAGCGAAGAUGACGACAUCCCCUUGAGUGUCUUACGUUCAAAUACAAUUCAGCAACAAUCAACAGAGUAUGCGGAAAUAAAUAAUUUGCUGGAGAGCAUAGAAGUUACGUUUAAUACAGCAGAUUUGGUUGCUUGGGUUUCAACGGAUGACCCUAUUGAAGACUUGAAUAUAGUGGAUGACGUUGCUGUUUUAAGUUCAGAAGAAGACGAAGAACCAAAUGAAAAAUGCAAUAUAACCGCUUCAGAAGCCGUUUCAGGAGGAGGCUGUGAAGCAAUGCCUUAA